AUGCGCCUGAGUAGCGGCGGUGGGGGAGGGACAAGCCAAAGAGGGAACGUGGCUGUGUUGGGUUCUGCAGAGAGAGAAGGAGGGGGAAUAGCAGGGCCCGGGGGCGGGGGCAUGCGCGUGGGAGGGACAGAACAAGGGACGGGAGGGGCGGGAGAGGCAGGGGGAUUGGGUUUUGUGUUGCAGGGGCCGCAGGAGAGUGCGUGGGUGGAGAUGGACCCGUUAAUGAGUGAUCCGUUAGUGAGUGACCCGUUUGGGGAGGAGGAGCUGGGGUUUGAGUGUGAAGUGGAGGAGCCACAGCAGCAGAGCGCGUGGGCGGAAGGAGGGGCUGGAUUCGCGAGUGAGGAGGAAUUUGAGGACUUUGUGCGGGAAGCCAGUGACUUCUCUGCUCAGGCCGCUGCUCUGAGAAUAGGGCUUAUUGCUCUUAUGGAUGAGGAGAGCCCUUCUGCUGCCUCUGCUGCUGCUUCUUCUGCUGCUGCUGGUGCUGCUGCUGGUGCUGCUUCUGCUGCUGCCACUUCGGGCCCUGAAACCACAGCAGCUGCUUCAGCACCUAUACCUCCUGCUUUCGCAGCAGGCAAAGCAGCAGCGGCAGCUUUAGCUCCUGCCGCCGCAACUUUAGCUCCUGCCGCCUCUGUAGCGCCUGUGGCAGCUGCUGGGGGAGAGCGCCCUGUAGUACCUGCUCAAGUACUGGACCCACUAGGCAAGCCUGCUGCAGGGCGAUUCUCUGGUGAAUACUCUGGUUUUGAGACGUCUCAAAAUUACGAUGAUCCUGGUGGUUACAGUGCGUAUGCUGGCUAUGGUGGCUAUAGUGGCUAUGGCAGUGGAUACGGUGCUAGUAAUACUGCUAACGCUGCUAACGGUGCUAACGGUGCUGCUGCUGCUUCUGUCAAUGGUGGCGAUGGUGGGAGCAGCAGCAGCAGCGGGUAUGCUGCCUCCUCGUUGGCUGACAGCCUCCACCCCGUGACCGAGAGGCCUGACAGACCUGACAGGCUUGACAAACCGGACAUGCCGCUCUGCACGCUGCCGCGGGUGGAGGGUGCUUCAGGUGCCUGCUGUGCUCGUGGCCCCUCCUGCCCCUUCCCCCACGGGGACCUCUGCCCCCACUGCGGCCGCUAUUGCUUGCACCCUGCUCGCCCCACCGUGAGUGUCUUUGAGCGGGAGGAGCACAUGAAGGAAUGUUUGCGGCUGCAGAGGAAGGUGCAGGCGCUGAAGCUGAGUUCCGAGAUCGAGUGCAGCGUGUGCCUGGAGCGCGUGCUGGGGAAGGCCUUCAUCUCAUCUUGUCUCAUUCUCUUCUCCACCCACUCACCCACCCAUCCACCCAACCACCCUCAAGAGGAGCGGGAGGAGCACAUGAAGGAAUGUUUGCGGCUGCAGAGGAAGGUGCAGGCGCUGAAGCUGAGAGCGGGAGGAGCACAUGAAGGAAUGUUUGCGGUUGCAGAGGAAGGUGCAGGCGCUGAAGCUGAGUUCAGAGAUCGAGAGCGGGAGGAGCACAUGAAGGAAUGUUUGCGGCUGCAGAGGAAGGUGCAGGCGCUGAAGCUGAGAGCGGGAGGAGCACAUGAAGGAAUGUUUGCGGCUGCAGAGGAAGGUGCAGGCGCUGAAGCUGAGUUCCGAGAUCGAGAGCGGGAGGAGCACAUGAAGGAAUGUUUGCGGCUGCAGAGGAAGGUGCAGGCGCUGAAGCUGAGAGCGGGAGGAGCACAUGAAGGAAUGUUUGCGGCUGCAGAGGAAGGUGCAGGCGCUGAAGCUGAGUUCCGAGAUCGAGAGCGGGAGGAGCACAUGAAGGAAUGUUUGCGGUUGCAGAGGAAGGUGCAGGCGCUGAAGCUGAGUUCAGAGAUCGAGUGCAGUGUGUGCCUGGAGCGUGUGCUGGGGAAGGCCCGGCCUGCUGAUCGCAAGUUUGGCAUCCUCUCCCACUGCGACCACCCCUUCUGUGUCGCGUGCAUCCGCAACUGGCGGGCUGCCGGGCAGGAGAGUGGCGAGUCGGUCCCAUUAGACCUGGACAACGCAGUGAGGGCGUGCCCCUUGUGCCGCGUGCGAUCACACUUUGUGACUCCAAGUGUGGUGUGGUUCUUCAGCGAGGAGGAGAAGCAGGCUAUUAUCGAAGGAUACAAGCGGAAGCUCAAGAGCACGGAUUGUCGGUAUUUCAACUACGGCAAUGGCCAGUGCCCUUUUGGGACCAGCUGCUUUUACAAGCACGCAUAUCGGGAUGGGCGGCUGGAGGAGGUAAAAUUGCGGCACCUGUCUUCAGCUGAUGGGAGCGCUGUCAUUUCGAGAGACAUCAGCGACGCGGGAACCAUUGACUUCGAGAUCAUAGGCCCGCACAACUUGAAGUUGUACAGUGCAAAGCGCAAGUCGGAGGACAACUUCCAGUUCCGGUCCAUGUACUCGGGUGACUACAGCUUCUGUAUGGACAACACGGACCACAUGGCUGCCACCGUGCAGCUCAGCUACCACAUUGGGCACAAACCGCACACCCAUGAGGUGGCCAAGGAUGAGCACAUGCAGGGAGUCCUUGACCCCACUCAUCACUCAUCUUUGUCAUCCACGUAG